UUUCUACACACACACACACACACACACUGUCUUUCUCGCUAACCCCUCUCUGGUUUUAAGACAUGCAACGAAACCAAAACAUUAGCACUAUCAUUUGAGAGAUGAACCCUAAUUUCUCUCUCUGAUCUGAACCCAACACUUCUCUCUUUCUCCUCAAAACACCUUUUAUACUCAUUCUCUGAAACCCUAAUUACAAUAACCAUUCAUUGCUUAACCUCAUCAACUAGGGCGCAACUUUCCCUAAUCCAAAGCAGAAACGGAACAAAACCCUCACUCAACUCCCAACACACUUUUCGACUUUCUACUACGAGUUAGUGAGUGAGUAAGAGCCAUUUUUCUCUUGCUUUUCUUCCAAUAAAUUCCGUGUUUCGAUUUUUUCGUUUUCAUUAUUCCCUUUGUCUGUGGUGGAUUUUGAAGUUUUGAAUAUUUUGUAUUUUACUUAAACGGAACUUCAAAGGAUGAUGCGGCGUUGCAUCUCGUAUUCCGACGCUGCAGUGCUUACAAUUUUCUCUCAGUUACUCCGCUAAUGCGGCAUGCGUCAUUGAGACACUGAUGCUUCGCGCUAUUUGAAGGCUACAAACCCUAAUUUUUUGCCAGCAUUUUUUUCGUGGAUAACUGUUUUGUGAACUAUUAUUGGCUGAAUAAGUGGAAUAUAUUAUUUAAUUCGAUGUUUAUCGGAGUUGUUUUGAUUUAUAUGUUGCGAUUUUUUAAAGGAUGUUUGAGUUUUACUGUCUCCAUUGUUGUUGCUCAUGUGCGUUUUUUGAGCUUUUUGUUUUAGUCUUCUCGACUAAUUGAGUAUUGAUUGAGUUUGUGUGUCGAAUUUUGAAAGUGUAGUUCUUGUAAUCAGGGUGUCUACUGUGCUAUGGCAUUGUGUAUAAGAUAAUUUGUUUGCUGGUUUUGAAUUUUUUUUGUGGUUUUGGUAGGGACUCACUAGUGUCUCUUGCGAUACUGAUAAUUUUCUUUUUGUUCCUGCGAACGGGAAAAAGCAGGUGUUUUGCUGUUAUGAUGGGUUACUACUGCUACUGCUAGACAGUUGUGUUCAAUUUCUGAAUGUUGUGAAAGUGGAGUCGUCUUUUACUCAUAGCACUGAAGUUGUCCAAACACUAUUCAUUAAAAGUGGACCAUGGCUGAUCAUCGGAAUGGAGGUUCCCAAGCAGCCAAUGGAAAGGCUAGUGCUGCAGGAAGUGCCUAUUCUAUUGAUCUCAAUGCAUUUCAAACCAGACUGAGGGCAUGUUAUUCUCAUUGGGAUGAACACAAAAUAGAUCUAUGGGGCUUUUCUGAUGCAAUUGCUGUUGCAUGUCCUCCACCUUCAGAAGAUCUGCGAUACUUGAAAUCAACUGCUCUGAACUUGUGGCUUCUUGGAUUUGAAUUCCCGGAGACAAUUAUGGUCUUCAUGAAGAAGCAGAUCCAUAUCUUAUGCAGCCAGAAGAAGGCAUCAAUUCUUCAAUCUGUCAAAAAAACUGCCAAAGAAGCAGUUGGUGUGGAUAUUGUUUUGCACGUCAAGCCUAAAAAUGAUGAUGGAACUGCUCUAAUGGAUGCUAUAUUUCGUGCCAUUCGUGCUCAGUCUAAGUCUGAUGGUCAUGAUACUCCCACUGUGGGAUACAUAUCGAGAGAGGCUCCGGAAGGGAAACUUCUUGAAGCGUGGGCUGAAAAAUUAAAAAACACAAAAUUUCAGUUGAGUGACGUGGCCAAUGGGUUGUCUUCAUUGUUUGCUGGAAAGAGUAAUGAGGAGCUUACAUCAAUUAAGAGAGCAGCAUAUCUGACAACAAGUGUUAUGAAAAACUUUGUUGUUCCAAAGCUUGAGAAUGUAAUUGAUGAAGAGAAGAAAGUUUCUCAUUCUACAUUGAUGGAGGAGACGGAGAAAGUUAUCCUGGAGCCUUCAAAAGUCAACUGUAAACUGAAGGCAGAGAAUGUUGAUAUUUGUUACCCACCAAUUUUUCAGAGUGGAGGGGAAUUUGAUCUCAGACCUAGUGCUGUUAGCAAUGACGAGUUACUUCAUUAUGACUCUGCCAGUGUGAUCUUAUGUGCUGUUGGGGCCCGGUAUAAGAGCUACUGCUCAAACAUAGCCAGGACCUUCUUGAUUGAUGCUGACCCUCUUCAAAGUAGGGCUUAUGAGGUUCUUCUGAAAGCCCAUGAAGCUGUCAUUGGAUCAUUGAAGCCUGGAAACAGGUUGAGUGCUGCAUACCAAGCUGCUGUUUCCGUUGUAGAAAGUGAGGCUGCUGACCUGAUUCCGUACUUGACAAAGUCUGCUGGGACAGGCAUUGGUAUUGAGUUUCGAGAAUCAGGUUUGAAUCUUAAUGCCAAAAAUGAGCAGAUAGUUAAAGAAGGCAUGGUCUUUAAUGUGUCACUAGGGUUUCAGAACGUACAAAGUGAGAGCCUCAAGUCUAAGAGCAAGAAGAACUUCUCUUUAUUGCUUGCUGACACUGUCAUCAUAAACAAAGAUAAAACUGAAGUUGUGACUAUUAUGAGCUCAAAAGCUCUAAAAGAUGUGGCUUAUUCUUUCAACGAGGAUGAGGAUGAGGAAAUUCCCAGUGCAAAAGCUGAUGCCAAUGGUUCUGAGCCCUUGAUGUCUAAGACUACUCUAAGGUCAGAUAAUCAUGAGAUUUCAAAGGAGGAACUUCGAAGACAGCAUCAGGCAGAACUUGCUCGUCAGAAAAAUGAAGAAACUGCACGGAGACUUGCUGGUGGUGGAAAGGAAACUGGAGACAACAGGUCUUCCGUGAGGACUUCUGCAGAACUGGUGGCCUAUAAAAACAUAAAUGACCUUCCCCCUCCCAGAGAAAUGAUGAUCCAGAUUGAUCAGAAGAAUGAAGCAGUUCUCUUGCCUAUAAAUGGAAGCAUGGUACCUUUUCAUGUGGCUUUCAUUCGAACUGUUUCCAGCCAGCAGGAUACCAAUCGAAAUUGCUAUGUCAGAAUUAUUUUUAACGUUCCUGGAACCCCUUUCAGUCCUCAUGAUUCAAACUCGAUGAAGUUUCAAGGAUCUAUAUAUUUGAAGGAGGCUUCAUUCCGCUCGAAGGAUUCAAGGCACAUAAGUGAGGUUGUGCAGUCCAUUAAAACACUCAGACGACAAGUUGUAGCAAGGGAGUCUGAGAGAGCUGAGAGGGCAACCUUGGUUACUCAGGAGAAACUGCAGCUUGCUAAUAAUAGAUUUAAGCCAAUAAGAUUGUCUGACCUUUGGAUUCGUCCUGCUUUUGGUGGGCGUGGAAGGAAGAUACCUGGUACACUAGAGGCUCACGUGAAUGGUUUUCGUUAUUCUACUACCAGGCAAGAUGAGCGUGUAGACAUAAUGUUUGGGAAUGUUAAGCAUGCAUUUUUUCAGCCGGCAGAGAAUGAAAUGAUUACACUGCUACACUUUCAUCUGCACAACCAUAUUAUGGUUGGAAAUAAAAAGACCAAGGAUGUUCAAUUUUAUGUUGAGGUUAUGGACAUGGUCCAAAACGUAGGAGGUGGAAAGAGAUCAGCCUAUGACCCUGAUGAGCUUGAAGAAGAACAGCGAGAGAGAGACAGAAAGAACAAAAUUAAUGUAGAAUUUCAAACCUUUGUGAAUCGGGUGAAUGAUCUAUGGGGACAGCCUCAAUUCAAUGGCCUUGACCUUGAGUUUGAUCAACCUCUUAGAGAGCUUGGGUUUCCUGGGGUGCCUCAUAAAUCUUCUGUAUUUAUUGUCCCUACUUCAGCCUGCCUUGUUGAACUGAUAGAGACCCCUUUCCUUGUUGUGACACUUGGUGAGAUUGAGAUUGUGAAUCUAGAGAGAGUUGGACUUGGGCAGAAGAACUUUGAUAUGACAAUUGUAUUUAAGGACUUCAAGCGGGAUGUCCUCAGGAUUGAUUCUAUCCCUUCUACAUCACUGGAUGGAAUCAAGGAGUGGCUUGACACAACCGACAUAAAGUAUUAUGAAAGCAGGCUAAAUCUUAAUUGGCGGCAGAUCCUAAAGACAAUUACAGAUGACCCUCAGAGCUUUAUUGAAGGUGGUGGGUGGGAGUUCCUUAAUUUGGAAGCUACUGAUUCCGAAUCUGAGAACUCAGAGGAGUCAGACAAAGGAUACGAACCAUCUGAUGUGGAACCUGAAUCGGAUUCAGAAGAUGAGGCUUCUGACAGUGAAUCACUUGUUGAGUCUGAGGAUGAUGAUGAGGAUGAUUCUGAGGAGGAUUCAGAGGAAGAGAAAGGAAAGACAUGGGAGGAACUGGAGAGGGAAGCAAGCAAUGCAGAUAGGGAGAAAGGGAAUGAAUCUGACAGCGAAGAAGAUAGGAAAAGAAGGAAGGCAAAAAGCUUUGGUAAAUCACGAGCCAGUCUAAGUAGCAGCAUGCCAAAGCGGGCCAAGUUAAGAUAGAUUUUGGCUGUAGUUCUUUACUGGUUUAUGGUUUAGUUCAGUUACUCUAGUGUUUCUGCGAAUAGCAGCUUUUGUGUUUGGAGGAGUUGUGAUAUCAUUGUAACCUAGGCCUUUUCGUUCGUUAAUAUAGUUCAGCUUCAGCUUAUUGUUAGCAAUUCAUGAAUCCAAUGUAUGUCUUUAUAAUGUUUACGUGGUUGUCUCUUUUAGCAACUGCUGCAAUUUUUGCUUCUCAUUAUGUCAUCUAACUU